AAAAAUCAGUUAAAGUUGCAAAGUCUUUCAUGGUUUAUACCAACAAACAACACCUUCAACCAUACGCAAUUUCACACUCCAAAUUUGCCCCCUCACAAGUCACAAGUUCAUCGGCAGGCAUCGUGUUUGACUUUCUUGGUACUUUUCUUCAAGUUUGCAAAUCGGCUUUUGACAAUGGCGAGUAAUGCAUCGAAUGGAGAACAUAAAGCUACGAAACCACCUCCGACCCCUUCUCCGCUGCGUAACUCCAAAUUCUUUCAGUCAAAUAUGAGGAUAUUGGUUACUGGCGGUGCUGGAUUUAUCGGCUCUCACCUCGUCGAUAAACUGAUGGAAAAUGAAAAGAAUGAGGUAAUCGUUGCUGAUAAUUAUUUCACUGGCUCAAAGGACAAUCUUAAAAAGUGGAUCGGUCAUCCAAGAUUCGAGCUCAUUCGUCAUGAUAUCACAGAACAAUUACUAGUUGAGGUUGAUCGAAUUUACCAUCUCGCAUGCCCUGCUUCGCCUAUUUUUUAUAAGCACAAUCCUGUAAAGACGAUAAAGACAAAUGUGAUUGGCACGCUAAAUAUGCUUGGUCUUGCAAAGCGAGUCGGGGCAAGGAUUUUGCUUACCUCAACCUCAGAGGUAUAUGGCGAUCCUCUUGUGCAUCCCCAACCCGAGAGUUACUGGGGUAACGUCAACCCAAUUGGAGUUCGUAGUUGCUACGAUGAAGGAAAACGUGUGGCAGAAACUCUGAUGUUUGAUUAUCACAGGCAGCAUGGAAUUGAAAUAAGAAUCGCUCGUAUUUUCAACACUUAUGGACCCCGGAUGAAUAUUGACGAUGGGCGUGUUGUGAGUAACUUUAUAGCUCAAGCACUUCGUGAUGAACCUUUGACUGUUCAGGCCCCUGGAACCCAAACCCGCAGUUUCUGUUAUGUCUCUGAUAUGGUUGAUGGGCUUAUUCGACUGAUGGAAGGGGAGAACACCGGACCGAUCAACAUUGGUAAUCCCGGUGAAUUUACAAUGAUUGAACUCGCCGAGACAGUGAAAGAGCUUAUAAAUCCGAAAAUAGAGAUUAAGAUGGUGGAAAACACACCGGAUGAUCCAAGGCAGAGAAAGCCCGACAUCACAAAUGCAAAGAAGAUGUUGGGAUGGGAGCCGAAGAUCAAACUGCGUGACGGUCUUCCGCUCAUGGAAGCUGAUUUUAGGCUGAGGCUCGGAGUUGAGAAGAAGGUAUAAGCGAUCAGCAAGCACGCGAUUUGAUAUGAUGUCUUGUUUUUCAGUUGUGUGUUUUGUUUCUUGCACUUGUUGUAUCAUGACUAGCUAGCUCCCUUACAAGGGGGUCAGUUUUCAUGUUUAUUUGCUAUAUUUGACAGAGUGAGUCUCUGAAGAUAUUCUUUAGCCAAUUGGCACUUUUGUUUGUCUAUCAAUGAGAAAAUCUUUGAAUUUUGUUGGAUAA